AUGCUUAACUUGUUGCAGUUUGUAAGAAGUUCGUCCACUGUUUCCAGAAUAGCGUCAGCCAAUGACAAACCGGUGCUGAUCAUGGUGGCCUCUAUCGGGAAUCCCGAGGCACAGUACCACGGCACCCGCCACUCGGUUGGCCACCUUGUUAUACAGAAACUUAGUCAAGACUCGGGAUAUUCCCAGAUCAAAACCAUCGACAAGUACAAAUUCAAAACCAACCCAGACUACCCUGAUGUUCUACUAUAUCAAAACCCCGGGUUCAUGAAUACCAGCGGCAAAAACCUGCUCAAACCUUGGAAAUCGGUCGUUGCACUCUCACAGUGGAACCCGGUUCUUGUUAUUCUCCAUGACGAACUCGACAUAGAUCUGGGUAAAAUACGCGUGCGCAAACAAAACUCGUCACCAAGAGGCCACAACGGGCUUAAAUCUAUACAACAACAUAUUGGCAAAGGCUAUAAUGCAGUCCAAAUAGGAAUUGGCAGAGAUCCCAGCGGCAACAAAGAUUCCAACACGGUUGCAAACUAUGUCCUUGGGAAGUUCUCCGCUGAAGAGACACAGCGUUUGGACGACGACGUGGUGCCCAAAAUUGCUGCUCUGAUCCAGGAAAUGCGCCAAGGCAAACAUAUCUUUGACACCUUGUAA